AUGUUACCCAGCCUCCUCUUUGCUAGCCAACGACACAGCUUCAAUGCUCUCUCCUUACGAAAUAUGCAGGCAUUCUCUUUGCCCAUCAGCUCUCAAUCUCCUCAAGUCGGUACGAUUUUAAUACUGACUGCCAUAGAACUAGGUAUUGACAUUCCAAUCACUGUUAACACUAUAUAUGAGGCUGAUAUUGAUAUUCUGAACCUUCCGGUGGAUCAAAUAGCCGAGCAGACGUCUGUUUCGUUUCGCCGCCUUUACACAAGCCUUCUCUCCAUACAGAGGCAGAACGUGGUUAAGUUUAUAGUUCGACCGACGCUGCGUAGUCUUCGUCUCAGUACUAGCAGUCACGUUUCGUCGUCACAGAGAACCAUCUUACAUUACAUAUGCCACGGGUUAGACUCGCAAUCGACCGUAGGCUCUAUUCUGUUAUAUGAUGACGGUCCAGACACUGCUACUAUCAGACAAAAGAAAAUUCAGUUAGUAUCAAUCGACGAUGUGCUUCGUAUUGUCGGAGAUCAUGCACUUCUGGUCUUGGAUUGCAAUUAUGCCGGAUCCAUAAUUAACACCAUUAGAAAAUUAGAUAUACUAGACAAUGACAACAUCUUAGUGAUUGGGGCAACAAGCAGUAAUGAGCGUUUGCCCCUCUGGCUGAGUUCACUAAACUGCUAUCCAGCGGACGUUUUUACACAAUGCCUACUGAACCCCGUUAAGAUGUAUAUUUUCUCAUACAUACGAAAGAUAUAUAUGUUUACUUCGUCCCCGUGCACAUAUGAACAAUGCGAAUCUGUUUAUACAUAUCUUCAGGAAUCCGGUAAACGGGACUUCCUUAACAACAUAAAUAAAAUAUUGAAGCUCCUCUGUGAAGCAAUUGCAUGGAGCUCACUUCCCCGUGAUACAUUUAAUAUGAUAUACAGACAGGAUAAGUGUGUCAGUACACUUUACACUGGGUUUAUCCUCGCCCAGCGCAUCAUGAAGGAUCUGCGAAUAACGGCUCAAUCUCUCCCUUCCUUACCUGAUACAACCGCUCAUCGAUUCUGGGACGUCUUUGACACCAUUUUUAACGCUAACUUAUCGAGUGUCUAUACAAGUAAUGCAAAGCUAAUGAACUUGGGUGUAUUAACGUUCUACUUCGAGCAGCAAACAGUCAAGGAUGCGAAGAAAAGGUCUCUAGCUAGACAGGACUCACAAGCGUCAUCAGUUCUAACGAUAAAGUCUCUAGAAAAGUACAGAGCACAGAUCUCAGCCAAGCUAGGGGUCAAUGAGAGUCUCGACCAAAGCUCAGUGGCAAGUACCAAGCUGAACCUCCGUGGGCACUCUAAGACCUCGUCUAUUUCGUCAACAGCCAAUCAAUCAUUCAUUAAGAAGAGAGCAAUGGACCCAACAUCCAACUUGAUGGUGUCGUUCCUGCAGGACCAGCUGCGGACCUUUGAGCUCUGGCUCCUGGACGCACAUCCAUCAACUGAAAUUCCUGAUGUUUUGCCAUUUGUAAUAAUUAGUAUUAAGAUACAGCAACUGCGUAGCAAGGCUUUGGACCUGAUUGUGCACUUUAUCGACAUGGGUCCAUGGUGCCUUCGGGCCACCUUAGAAUUACGAUUGCUCCAGAUAGUUUUGCAUGGCGUUCACACGUUUCAGGAGUGCGAAUCUGACCAGUUCCGUUGCAUUCUGAUAGUUUGUAAGAUUGUAACAGCGAAUUAUUCUACAAUACCACUUAUUAUUAACAUCGCGAAAAGGCGUAGUGGAAGUGGGGUGGCAGCCAACAAAGGGAACAUCGAGGACGUUCUUUGCAACCUUUUAUUGCAGAGUACAACAUCUACCGACAUGAGGAUCUUAUGCCUGAUAAUCUUGACCUGUCUCACAACUGACCAAGCUGUUCUCGAGGCGCGUCUUCGUCACACAUCAGCAGUCACCACUUCAUUAAGCACACGUGAGACUCCUUCUGCAGAAUCGCGUUCCAAAGUGCCAUUACACACCGGACUCAACUCCAAUGUGACAGCUGUUUGUAAGGCCAGCUCUGCAACCCUAACAAACGGGUUUGGCUUUUAUAUGCCACAGAAUACUCAAGGGGACGAUCCUCGCAUCAUUUCUGAGUGUUGCACAAUAAUGCGCGAAAGUUUAAUGCAGAAGAAUAUGCUCGAGGCACUUGCUAUUCUAGUCCAUUCGGCAUCAGAACACAUUAAGCUUUGGAGUCUUCUUCUGCUCUCAGAACUUAUGCACAACCUGACGACAACAGUCACAGAUACUAGAAAGCUACGAUCAAACAGACUAUCAAGCCCCUCCCUUCAUACCUACACUAAAACAAUCCCUACUUCAAAUAGCAUGGUGAUUGCGACUAGCUCAUCAAACCUUCUUAGCUCGUCAACAAAGCUGUUCUCUUUGACAUUUGUGCCGGAUCAAGUAGAGGAAGCUGUAGAGCCAUUGCUCACUGCUGACGAAUUGAUAUCAUCUGCACAUGAUAACUUCAAGCAGCCAGAAUCCGUAGUUGCUUAUGGAAGUAACUAUGGGAAGAUCCGCGAUAUCUAUGGCAUCCUUAUGAAGCUCUUUGAGCCAUCCAUGACAGCAGAAAUACGUGCAGCCGCUAUCUCUGUUGUCACCUCGUCUCUACCUGUUGUGGAUUUGAUUUCAAUCAUUGCCUGUCAUCGGGUUGUUGAUGUAUUUUAUCCGGGCGACUCGGAGUCAGAAACUUGGAACGAAAGCUUUUUGGCAGGGUCUGAUAAGAGCAUCAACUUGAAUCCCCCAGAUAUUAUACUCAAUAUUUCUAAGCUCUGCAUAUAUGACGUAAGUCCUUUAGUCAGACAUGAAGCCCUAUGCUGCAUUGCGCGUGUUAUCCCCCUGUACUUUCAAAGUUUCCUUGCUCUAGCAACAAGUGACUUAAUAGUGGCAUAUGAUAUGUAUUCUAACGCAUAUGUGAAGAUAUUUAACGGAUUCCAGACUCAUCAAGUCAACCCUAUUAUUCACACUACAUAUAGCACACUUAAGCAAGCAAUGUAUGAUCCUGUGUCGAUUAUCUCCAUUAGAGCACGGCAUCUCUUUGAUGGAGUGUCGUCUCUCGCUCUGUGCUUGUUAUUGCAAACAACGCCGAUGACAAAUGACUUCUUCCACAUCAAUUGCAAGGAUUACCUUGAAAAAAGAUUUUCUGCUAAUAGGCUUAGUACAGAGGCUGAGAUAUUAAACGCUGUUAGGGAAGUAUUUAAUGAUAGGAGCAUGCAGCGAGUUAGGCUAAUUAUACAGAAGCUCAGUCUUGUUCGCAAUCUCUCAGAGAAACAGAUCAAACAUAUCCUAGCCGCAGCUCUGCGCUCUUCCUCAGCGUGUUAUAACCACUUGGAGUCAUCACCUCUAACUAGCGUUAAGAUUAAUGGAGUCUGCAUAGAUACUGCUGCAAUCACCUUGAAAACAACCGAAGCACAAGGUCUGUCUAUGAGCCAAUUUUCCAAGAACCCUGGAACCUCUCAAUCUGCAAAAUCAUAUCCGGCAGGAACGACGGAAAGCGCUGAAACGUCUGAGAAUUCCUUUGUAACGACUUCUAUAAAACAACGGAAAGCAUUCAAUUUUGAUAGCAACUCAGAUCAAUCUGACAUUUCUAUAAGUGACAUUAAUAAUACAUUAGUUGCUACUGAGCCAGAAUCAAAGGACACAUCAGAUGUAACCGAGUGUAAUAUGCACGAAUUGGAGUUUUUCAAAGAGAAGUUCUUAUUACUACAACAGCUAGAUGCCGUGUGGCUAGAGCUGGCAAUCCGCAUUUGCAUGCCUCAGAUAGUGGCGUCGAUUUACAAUUGUGCAUCUGUUAUUCUUACUCUCUCCAGAAACAGCAUUCGUUUUCCCUCUAUAUGUUUUAACAUAGAGGCUGCUGCUUCUGUCGCGGCGCAGAAAGUUCACCGGUCAAUGAAGAUGUGUCCUGUACAUUCACUCCUAUCCAUCAAUGAUCGUGGAGCCAGCUAUUAUAGAAUGCACGAUGCAUGCUGUCCUUGUGGGCGAUCUGCCCUUGCCAGCCUGCCAUUUUUCUUGCGGGAUUAUGUCAUCUCUCCGUCAAGUACAAAGUGUCUGGACUUUAACCCACAGGUUUCUCUAUCUCUACUAUCUCUUGAUAAGGUUAAGGACCUUGCAGGAUCGCCUAGGCUAUCUAUUGGGCAAUGUAGCAGUAGUAGUCGUUCAGAAAUGAUUUCCUCGACAUCGAUACACUAUCAGCAUUCUGUAUCCGUUAUGCUGGAUCCUCUGCAAUUUAAUUCUAUGAAUAUGGAAGAAAGGAUUAUCAGAAAGGAACGCAUUUUCAAUAGCACUGAGAAUAUCUCUUCACCUGCCGCAAUAUCUCAAGAGAAAGACGCCGUUCAGAGCCCGUGGCCAUCCCUGUUUGAUCUUGAAGUAAGAAAACUCUCAGAAUUCGACCAUGCUCGUUUACGCUCUUACUUUCACUUUGUUCUCACCUAUCUUAAAAGCUGCAGCAAGAGAAAGACUACUCUGAAGCCAGAAGCGCCCGAAACGCAAUCUACGCCACAACUAGAAACUAUGCUGGUAACAGAGGUUCUUCCUCCAGGAGUACCACCAAGAGAAUACUCUGUUCUCCACGCGAGCAUUCAUGGAGUAUCAUUCAGCUCUUACAUGCCAAGCAUUUGUGAAGGAUACCUAUGCGCUGUGAAAACAAACCGUAGCGAUAUACGGCGUCUUUCUCCGUCCACGCCCGUAGUAUUUACUGGAAGUGGACUUGGACCCACAGUUUCACGAGAACAGGAGCAUCUCAAUACCUUAAGCAGUGAUAAGUCGAAUGUGUUUUCACUGAUGUCACAACGCCGAAAAAAUACCAGUUAUCUGGGAAAUGACAUCGCAUCCUUUUCUAAAAUCCAAACGCUGAGAGACCAUGACCUUUUAAAAAGUGAAAAAUAUUCUUCUUGGGAUAAUAAAAAAGGCAAUCUUUUUGUCCGUCCCAUACAACUUUUUGAGGAAUUGGCAAAGAGCACCGGCAAGGCUGACUUCAAUGACUUGCAACACCAGGUGGACAAAUUUGAACGCAUGCAUGUGAUAGACCACUAUUGCCAUUUCUGUCGCAAUGCAGCGAUGGCUAGUCCUCUCCUCACAUACUGUAUGGACGCUAUGCGCAUAUGGAGCAGGAGCAACCUCCAGUUUCCUACCAGCUCCUCUAGAUUUACUAUUACAAGGUUUACUAUUACAAGGGAUGUUAAUCCUCUGGGAGUACGAAUUAUGCAGGAUAACGAAAAGGUCAACAGAGCAGAUAGGAGCUCAACUAGUACAUCACCAGCGAAAAGAAACAUCAAGGAAUUGAAAAGCAAAUCCUCUGGCUCACCCUUGAAAACCGCAUCUACCAGUGCCACUUUGCCUUCACACGACUUUGUUCGGUUCAAAUUGCAAACGGCUGCAUCACCAUUCCCAUAUCUUGAAUCGUUGGCGUAUUGUGAGAUAUCGCAGGCAUACUUUGGAGACGAACUAAUAGUUCCUAUGGAGGAGAUUUAUUUUGGUUACCUCGUUCCAUACGUAUGUUCUCUCGCUCUACACGCCUUGUUCUUUGAUUUCUCAAACUACCUUAUGAUAUCUCUUAAUAGCAUAGAGCAAUCUCCUAUUCUACGUUACACCCAACAAAAUAGGACAUCGCUUUUUACAACUGAUAACAACUCUUCACUUAUAUGGACUAGGAACAACUUUCUAAUGGAGAUGCAUAAUAGAAUCACUGCUACAAUCAAUGAUAUUGACUAUGAUCGGUUAUCUGAGAGUCUAAGCAAGGUUCGAUUCUUAAAGCUAUCUGACAACCAGAUAGGGAUGAAAUCAGCUCUUCUAUCUCAGAAGUCAAUUAGCUCCAACAUUCAGCCAUUAACAAUAAACAGUGAUGGCUCCUUUCAGAUACUUCCAAAGUCCUCGCCCAACAGUCAAAGCAAUGCACAGGAACUAAAGCCCGGAGAAGGAGCAGACAACACCAUUAUAAAGUUGGCCACAGAGUCUGUCCCGGAGGGGUUAUUUGUAAUGGAGAUGCUUCCAAAAGUUGAUUCUGCGCACAGCAUAGGCAGCGAAACUAUUCCAAUGAUUAGUUUGAGGCAGAUAAAUGCUCCCUCUCAGGCAACCUCGCGAACGAGUUUCCCAGAUGCGGAAAGCAAUAACAGCUGCACUGCUAUGACUGAAGUUGAUCUUCUAAGACAACUUCACACAAUGUAUCCCGAGCAAAGAGAUCACCUUAGCUCUAGAUUUGCUCCUGUGAAGAAGGCACGUGAAGUACGUGACGUUCUAAAGAGGCGAGUAGGUGAUAACGGGGCGUUCUAUUUCGCAGAAUACAAAUCCAGUGGAGGGGCACGCUGCUCAGAAAAGUCAGCCCUAUUGUUAAAAAAGGUCAACUCUAUUUCUCAUUGCACUGGCGCAAUUAAAAGUGCUGUAUUUCAUCGAAAUGAGACGAUUCUGCUUACGAAUAACGGAUCUACCUGUUGCGUUUGGAACACCACGACCGGAGAGCUCUUGAAUAAGCUACCACUUGAUCUAAUAUUGGACGUCCAGCCUACGUCUUGGCCCGGCGGGGGGAUAAUAUCAGGCCACCUGCAUACCCCAAUGCUUGCUUUCCCACAAGGUCCGCAAGCGUAUAAUAUGAUGAACUGGGCGACGGAUAAUUGCACAGCCCUUGAGCCAAUUAUCUUAGCUAAUAUGCUCGAAGCAGAUGCAGCAUCUCUUGAGUGUCCCCACUGCUGCAUUCUCAAUACAUCAAGGUCGUUAGACUAUAGUGUCCUGAAAAGCUUCUCUUCACAACUGCUGAAGAUUUUAUACAAGCAAGGCUCUGCUUCGGCAAGAGACUUUGAUCCGAAGCUACUAAGAAAGCUUUUCCCAGACAUGGACGAUGACGAAGAGGCUGUGCCACUGGAGAAUAAGACUAGCGCAUACUCUAAGAUGACCGAGCUCAUCAGAGAGCAAAGAAGCCCAUAUUCUAUGGAAAAUAGAUCUGCUUGGCUUGGAGACAUAGUCCUUCUGAACCAGCAUACUCCUCAUAGCGUGGUGGCUAUUGCUGCAGCAGAUUGUACCGUUAGAAUUCUUACAAACUAUCAUGACACGUCUCUUUGCAGACACACGUCCGCGUUCAACGUAGGAACACCUUCUUCAGAGCCACUAUACUCGUCUACAAGGCUGCAAAAGUGUCCAUAUGCAAUAGCCGAGUUUUAUAGACAUAAGUUCAAUGCAGACAUGAGCUCUCCUGAUAUUGUUCUUAAUCAUCAUAAGAAGCAAUACAUUAUCGCCCGUAGCAAGAUAUGCAACGCGUUAUUCCAUGAAAAGAAGAAGCCAGACGAACCUGGAUCUGCCAGGCGAGUUGGUGAGUGGACAUACACCCCCGUGCUGCCCAAUAACAUCCCCAUCCUUAGAGGACAUUCAGACCUUCUAGAGAUGCACACCACAGCACCACACAUUGUGACUGCCAUUCGGGGCGGGACAGAGGUCAGCUACAUAGAUCUCAUGCACGAGUCCAAGUACCUGACACUUAGGCCUGCCCACCUUGUCGAUAAUGUAGUACCUUUGUGCUCAGGCAUAUUGAGCUGUGGAGUGCUGACAUAUGGAUCUAAAGAAUACUCCAUAUUUGAUGCCAGAAGCAAUAAUUCAGUUAUGACCGGUAAGGUCCCGGAGGUCAUCAAUGGUGGUGCAUUGUAUGACAAUACCCUUUUCUUGUCAACGGCAUCUGGCAGACUCUUGUCCAAGGACACUGCCACCGAUACUGUACUGAAGCAGUACUCUAUACCCAGCUCCAGGACAGUUAACUUUCACAAUACUGGGCUAUUUUCGUGCGUAGAAGAUACGCCCUUGAGCCCUGGUAACACAGAAUCAGCGAAUAUUCUCACGUAUAACAUCACUUUUGGACAUGUUUCAGGAGUGUGUCUAGGUGAAAUGUCAUACAAAGCGCCCAUACAGACAGAACCUCAGUGCAUUGCAUUCCACCCGCGAGCCCCAUUGAUCGCUAUUCCAGAGCUUUCUCGGAUUUCUCUAUGGUCCCUGUAG